AUGGCAGUGCACAUAGAACCUGGUACAUGUGAAGUCAUUGCUGCCCACAGAUGCUGCAAUAAGAAUAAGAUUGAAGAGCGCUCCCAAACAGUGAAAUGUUCCUGCUUUCCAGGUCAGGUAGCUGGGACAACACAUGCUGCUCCUUCAUGUGUAGAUGCAUCAAUAGUGCUUCAGAAGUGGUGGUGCCAAAUGCAGCCAUGUCUAGAAGGAGAGGAAUGUAAAGUACUACCAGAUUUGUCUGGAUGGAGUUGCAGUACUGGAAACAAAGUAAAGACAACUAAGGUCACACGAUAGAUCUUGGAAGAUCCAUUGUUAUCAGAUGUCAUCUUCAUUGAUAUGGCCAGCGUUCCAAAAAUGGCACAAUAUGGCUUUUGUUCAGGUGCAAGAUACUUCUCGUAUGCUUUGCAGAGUUGGAAAUAUGAAGAUUUCCUUGGUGCAGGAUAUAAUGCAUUUGAGGUAUAGGAUGGCUAUUUUUUGUGGGCACUUUAUUAAUCUUCCUCAAGUACAUCAGCCUAGAGAAUGGUGCUGCAGUCUGCUUCCUUUUGAAAGAACAGUACCAAGGAUUAAAGAACAGGAUUGGUAUUCUUGUCUCAGCAGAUAUCUUGGAAAUUUUUCCUUGUU